GCAGAGACCUUCCAGAAACAGCACGACCGGAUAGACGCCGCGCGCUCCUAUUUAUACCCUGCCCGCUCAGUCGCCUCCAUCAUCACCCAACAGCACUCAAGCAGAGCAUUCCAUUCGCCUCCUCCAUUGCACGGCCUGAGGGCGGGAGCACGGCGAGCAUGGGGUCGAGGUACGAGGUGGAGGUGACGGUGGGCUCGGCGCGGGACCUCAAGAACGUCAACUGGCGCAACGGCGACCUGCAGCCGUACGCCGUGCUCUGGGUCGACGACGGCCCCAAGUGCUCCUCCCGCGUCGACGUUGACAACGGCGAGAGCCCCGAGUGGGACGAGAAGCUCACCGUCCCGCUCCCGCCCUCCGCCGCCCGCCUCGAGGACGCCGUCCUCCACAUCGACGUCGUCCACGCCGGCGCCGCCGAGGGCACCAAGCCGCUCGUGGGGUCCGCGCGCCUCCCGCUGCGCGACGUCCUGGACGACGCCGGGCUCGGCGGCCGCGCGUUGCGCUCGCUCCGCCUCAAGCGGCCCUCCGGCCGGCCCCAGGGCCGCCUUGACGUCCGCGUCGCCGUCCGCGAGGCCGCCCGCUACUACGACCCCGCCUACACGCCGCCGGCCUACGGCCAGAGCCAGUCCCAGUCCCGCGACCCCUACGCCGCCCCGGCGCCGUACGGCUCGGGCGGGUACGGGUACGGCCAGCAGCAGCAGCAGCCGUACGCCGCGCCGCCGUCGGGCUACCCGGCCGCCUACGGGGCCGCCGCGCCCCCGCAGCCCGCCGGGUACCCUGCGGCCUACGGAGGCGGCGCGCAGCCGGCGUACGGCGCGGCCGCUCCUGCCCCCGCGUACGGUUCGGGCGGGUACGGGUCGGGGUCGGUGAGUGACCCUGCGCAGAAGAAGAAGGGGAUGGGGAUGGGGGCGGGGCUGGCGGUGGGCGCGGCGGCCGGGGUGCUGGGCGGGCUGGCGCUGGCGGAGGGGGCGAGCUACCUGGAGGACAAGUUCGAGGACGACGCGGCGGAGAAGGUGGAGGACGACCUGGCCGGCGGCGGCGGCUACGACGACGACGACUACUAGAGGAAACGAUGGGGCACCUCCUGAGAGAUUGUUGUUGUAUGCGGUGGCGCUGACUAGCCGCCAAUAUCUUCUUUGCUUCUAUUCUGUCCGGAUUUGUUGAAUAAAGGCGCGAAGGAAAUUAACAAUGAGUGUAGCAACAGAUCGAAUUCAACCUUUUUUAUGUGC